GUAGAGAGGGAAGGGAACUGUGUGAGGGGCUCACAUAGCUUAAUCUGCAAAUAAUAGCUGCUUUUAAGGGCACUAAAGCUGCUUCUUGCUGGGUUUUGGAGGCUCUUUUCUUAAGAGAUCAAUUGAGCAGCUGGUUUAGGAGGCUGGGUUUCAGUCACCUGCUAAGCUUCUCACCCCUGAUCAUCUGCGGGAGCCUUGCAUUGCCAACCCAGGCGGCCGCGUCGAUCCGGAGGGCGCUCCCCGCCGCCGCAGCCGGAGCGAGAGCGGGGGCGGCGAAUCUGGAGCCUACGGGACCUGCAUUGCGGCGGGAGGGCAGCGGGUAGAUAGAUCUCCCGCGUCCUUCGCCUCGACGGCCGCGGGGAAGCGGCAUGGUGGCUGCUGCGGCGGCGGCUACCGCGCCAGAUCCGGCCCACCCCGCGCGCCCGCCGCUCACGCCGGCCCUCGACAAGCCCAACUCCGCCCCGGCGCCGCGCCGCCCGGCGCGCUCCAGCAAGCCCGUGUCCUCGCGGUACCUGUCGGCCGCUGCCGCGUCGCCGACCUCCUCCACCUCGUCCUCGACGUCGUCCUCGUCGUCCACGUCGUCGUCGCGCCGCUCCCUCUCCGCGCAGCGCGCCCGGUCGUCCACUCCCCCGCCGCAGCACUCGACGUCGCCCACCCCGGCCGCGGCGGCGGCCGCCCCGGGGACCUUGACGGCGACCACGAUGCGGAGCCUCUCGGUGUCGUUCCAGGGGGAGUCCUUCUUCUACCAGACGUCGCGCGCGCCGCGGGCCGCGUCGCCGUCGUCCCCCGCCGGCCGGCGUGGGCCCACACCGGAGCGGCGGAAGAGCGUGUCGUCGGUGCCGGAGGCCGAGAACACGCGGCCGCAGCACCGAUGGCCGGCGGCGAAGCCGAAGGCGUCGGACCCCCUCGCCCGCAGCCUCGACUGCAGCCUGGACCGCAAGGACUCCAUCCUGGCUGCCGUCCACUUGCUCCGGCGCUCCAUGGCGUUCGACUCCACCACAUCCCUCUCCCCUUCGGACCCGGCAGCCGCCGCGGCCCCCGACCUCUCUGCAUCCUCCGACACCGACAGCGUUUCAUCGGGCAGCAACUCGGGCGCCGGUGAUCCUCCACGCCGCGGCAUCAGCGUGCCAGCGAGGUUCUGGCAGGAGACCAACAGCCGCCUGCGUCGGCUUCCAGAACCAGGCCUGCCGCUACCAUCAUCGUCUGGCAGGAGAUCGUUCUCGGACAGUCAAAUGUCACCGCGACUGCCUGGCCGCUCCCCAUCUCCAAGCCGUGGAAGCAGGGGCAUGGCGAGCCCAUCGAGAGGGCGGAGUGGAGAGGCAUCACCCAAUGGGCAUACAAUGCAGGCACCAGCGAAUGCGCCAUCUAUCAUUAGCUUUGCUGCAGAGGUGAGGAGAGCGAAAAAAGGAGAGAACAGAAUUGAGGAGGCACACAGGCUGCGACUGCUGGAUAACCGGCAUUUGCAGUGGCGAUGCAUCAAUGCUCGAACAGACGCAGCGCUUCUGGUGCAGAGCUUCACUGCUGAGAAAACUCUGCACAGUGCAUGGAAAGAAAUAUCAAAAUUACGAGACAAUGUCAGUUCUAAAAGGAGCAAGCUCCAACUUCUAAAACAAAAGCUCAAGCUGUUUGCUAUUCUCAGACGACAGAUAUACUAUCUAGAUGAGUGGUCUCAUAUUGAAAAACAUCAUUCAAGUGCUUUGUCAGCAGCAAUCGAAGCGCUGAAGGCUAGUACUCUCCGUCUUCCAGUUGUUGGUGGUGCGAAGGCUGAUGCCCAAGGCGUGAAAGAAGCUGUUAACUCAGCGGUGGAUGUGAUGCACACAAUGGCAUCCUCAAUAUGUACUUUGUUGUCUAAGGUGGAAGGAACGAGCUCUGUGGUGUCUGAGCUUGCUAAACUUGCGACACAAGAACAGAUGUUGUUGGACCAGUCAAGAGAUCUCUUGUCCAUGGUCGCAGCUAUACAUGUUAAACAGUGUAGCUUGCAAGCUCAUAUGCUACAACGAAAGCAAAAGCAGAGCCAGACACGGUUGUAGAUCAGUUUGUCUUGCCACAUUGGUGGUCACUAACAUCACACGGCCUCAUCUUUUCACACUGGAGACUGUGCUACAGGUAAUGAAAGCUGUAACCAUUUGUUGGGUGUGAAGUGUGUCCUAAUCUGCUUUGAUCUCACCGAGUGUAGCUGAUUCGUGUAAUUUUUUGAGUGCAUAUCACCAUAGAAAUGGCCCUUUUACCUGCAGUUGCUGCAGUGGGAUGUAUACAGAGAACCUAGUGUUGACCGAAGAUGAGCUUCCUGUAGAUAUGAAAAAGCUUGUCGUUUGCGUGCCUAGCUUUGCUGUGUUGCGUGCUCAGAGUGUUUAUGGGUGCUUUUGUAUUCUGGAAUGGAAACAGUUGUUAGUUUGAUACGGGUGUUUUCAUGGCAAAUUAA